AUGUAUAUUUCCAUGUGUGUUGAUCUAUCUAUCUAUCUAUCUAUCUAUCUAUCUAUCUAUCUAUCUAUCUAUCUAUCUAUGUCAGUCUAUUCAGAUCUAUCUCUCUAUCUAUGUCAGUCUAUUCAAAUCUAUCUAUCUAAGUCUAUUGAGAUCUAUCUAUCUAUCUAUCUAUCUAUCUAUCUAUCUAUCUAUCUAUCUCAGUCUAUUCAGAUCUAUCUAUCUAUGUAUCUAUCUCAGUCUAUUCAGAUCUAUCUAUCUAUCUAUCUCAGUCUAUUCAGAUCUAUCUAUCUAUCUAUCUAUCUCAGUCUAUUCAGAUCUAUCUAUCUAUCUAUCUCAGUCUAUUCAGAUCUAUCUAUCUAUCUAUCUAUCUAUCUAUCUAUCUCAGUCUAUUCAGAUCUAUCUAUCUACUGUGUUCCUUUCUUUGAUGGAAUAAAGUCGUUAUACUACAAUUGGUUCAACUCUGAUUCUCUCUCUCUCUCUCUCUCUCUCUCUCUCUCUCCUGUGAGAGAAAGUGAGAUGCGAGUUAGUAAGAUAUAG